AUGCUGGACGUGUUCAUCAGCAACCUUCCGCACGAGCUGAACCAGCAUACGCUGACGCGCGAGCUGGAAAUGCCAUGCCGGCAAGCGGGGAUCUACCAGUACUCGGUAUUCCUGAUCCGGAGGCAAGUCGGACGGCGGCCCUCGGCAAUCCUGACGCUGCCGACCAAGAGCCUAGCGGACCGCUUCGUCAGCUGCUUCGGCAGCUUGACGCGCUUCUCGAGGCCGCUGAUGCCGCUGCUGAUCGGCCGCCAGCCCGUGCAGUGCCGUGCUAGCAACCGUCCCACGCGCGAUAAUUACCUGGUCAGGAGUCUGGCGGAGCGACAGAGGGAGAUGGAGGCGCAGCAGCAGCGCACGCUGACGGCCCCUGCCGCUGCCAUAAAGGAUAUAAAGAGCUUUCCCAUCACGGGGUUCCAGUGCGGCGCCUGGGCGCCCGAGGCUAGGGAUAACAACUUGGUGUUUAACGAGCGGUAUACGCUGAUGCGCAGUGGGACGUUGCAUUUCCGGCCGCGCUCGGUGCUGAUCGAGCUCGACCAGGAGGAUUUGGAUACAGGGGGGGAUGGAGAUCCGGAUUUUAUACAUUUUAUGGAUGAUUUCAAUGUGGUGAAGCAUACGCUGCUGGUGCACUACGAGUCCGUGCAGAAGAUCGAGACCGACUCACGAGACAACAUCUUUUUCACGCUGGACCAUGCGCCGAGGAUUUACCGCAACAAGAAGGUCCUCAGCGAGCGCGGCGAGUACCUGAGCCGCGAGAGGAUCGGCGGCAUCGACGACGCGCACAUGGGCUACUCGGGCUUCUCGAUGGUGUACAAAGUCAUCCUGCGCAACGCAUCGGACCACAUCAAAGUCCACCGGCUCGGAAAGAAGGCCGGCAUCCCGCCCAUCAUCCCCCAGGGGAUCCUAACGCUGCCGCCGUCAUUGGACUUUUUCACCGCCUUCACUCGUCUCCUCGGCGAGCUGCAACGAAUCCCGUUUUGCUCCGCGUUCCAGCUCAACGCCCUCACGUCCAACGGCAUCCUCCCGCCGGAAUGUGUGCUACAGCUGCUUCCGAGGGUGCGCAGGCUGAUCGCGGAUGUGGGAGAUCGUACUGCCGGGGAAAUAUUGAAGGUGUUCGUAGUGGAGGAUUUCGAUUCCUUUGGAAAUCUGGAUGAAUCCUCGCUGCUGUGGACGCUGGAUAGGAGGAUUGAAGUGACGUCGAGAGUACUCACGCCGCGUUGGUUUGAGGGUCAUGAUGCGAAGUACACCACGAUGGCGUAUGUUCAUCGGGCUAUGAUCACGCCCACUGGAGUGUUCUUUUACGGGCCAAGAUGGGAGGCAUCCAACCGCGUGCUCCGCGAUUACAGAGAGUACCAAGACUACUUCCUGCGGGUCUCCUUCUGCGAGGAAGACGGCGAGCAAUUCAUGCACGAGCCGCGCGUAACCGCCGACGAGAUCCUGAAGGAGCAGUUCCUUAAGCGGGUCGACCCCGCCCAAGGCGGCCGCAUCGUCAUCGCCGGCCGCAGCUUCGAAUUCCUCGGCUUCUCCAAUUCGUCCCUCAAGGCGCAGACAUGCUGGUUCAUGGCGCCGUUUCCGUAUCCGGGCGAGGGCGGCAUGAUGAACGCAAAGAGGUGCAUCAAGCGCCUAGGAGACUUCAGCCACAUCAGACUGCCCGGACGGUAUGCGGCGAGAGUGGGACAGGCGUUUAGCGAUACCAUCGGUGCUACGCGGGUAGAGGCGGACCAUGAAGUCCGGAUUGAUGAUAUCGAGAGGCUGGAUUCAAAUGGGAAAAAGAGGAAUUUCAGUGAUGGCGUGGGGAAGGUGUCGUGGCAGCUGGUGAAACGCAUCUGGCAGUGUUCGGGUCGCAUCGAGCAGGCGAAGCCGACUGUGUUCCAGAUUCGGUAUGCCGGGGCGAAGGGGAUGAUUGCCCUAGAUCCAACUCUCAUGGACAAUAAACUCUAUCUCAGGAAUUCGAUGGUGAAAUUUGAAGGAUCCGAGGCCAGGGAGAUCGAGAUAUGUUCUUGGGCGACACGACUCCCGUUAUUCCUCAACCGGCCACUGAUAAAAGUGCUCGAAGACCGCGGGGUCACUGCCGAUACUUUCAAGUCCCUCCAAGAUGACGCACUCCGGCAUCUGCGCGAUUCCUCCAAGAGUGCCCACCUAGCUGCUAACUUCCUUCGUCGUCGGGGAAUCAGCUCCCCCGCCCUCAGGCUGCCGUGGCUGUUCGAGCGCCUCCACAACCUCGAGAUGGAUUUCCGGGACGAUCCAUUCCUUGCGCGUGCAAUGGAACUGGCUUUCUUGAUCGAUCUGCGGGAUAUGAAAUACAAGGGGCGUAUUCCUGUGCCAGACGGGGUGACCCUGGUGGGGGUUAUGGACGAGACCAAGUUCCUCGAAGAGGGAGAGAUAUAUAUUAGUAUGGAGGAUGAGGAGGGGAAUCCCGAGGUUCAUGAGGGGAGGGUGAUUAUUGCGAGGAGCCCAGUGCACCAUCCAGGCGACGUGCAAUGCGUCAAUUCCGUCCGGGUCCCACCCAACUCCCCGCUCAAGCUCCUCCGCAAUUGCGUAGUCUUCUCGCAGCAAGGCGACCGCCCGCUCCCCUCCAUGCUCUCCGGCGGCGAUCUCGACGGCGAUCUCUACAACAUAGUCUUCGACCAACGAUUCAUGCUUUCCGCCGACGAACCCGCCGCCGAAUACCCCACCGUCACCCCGCUCGACCUCGGCCGCCCCGUCGAAGCCACCGACGUCGCAAACUUCUUCAUCGGCUUCAUCGAGAACAACCUGAUCGGGCUGAUCUCGAACCGGCACUUGCUGAUCUCGGACCAAGAGCCCGAGGGCGUGUACCACCCCAAAGCACUCACCUGCGCCCUGCUACAGUCCACGAUCGUCGACUACCCGAAGACGGGCCUCGGGGUCUCAAAGGCCGACAUCCCACUCGCGAGCCGGGCCAAGCCCGACUUCCUGGCGCCGGGGCCGCGGGUACUGAUCUCGAAAGACAAACUCUUGCACGAGCCGGAGCUCGAAAACGACGAGGACGAGGACACUUUUGUCACCAGCUGGUACGCGUCGGAGAAGAUUCUGGGCGUGCUGUACCGCGCCAUCAACGAACACGACUUCCUCUCGGACCUGCGGCACGCGCUCGACUCCUCGACCACUACGGGCCUGCGCCGCCCGCAAGAUCUGCUCGCGCGCCUGUGGACCUACUUCCAAGCGCAGCUGGACGCGAUGCGUGUACACACGGACUACGCGCACCACGCGGAGUGGGCCCGCGGCUGCCAAGAGAGAUACACCGAGCAGCUGAAAUACUACAUGAGCGCGUACUCGGCGACGCCGUGGAACUCGUCGCUGAGCGAGGCGGAGGUGUUCGUGGGGACGAUUGUGGGGCGCGAGCGGCAGACGCGAAGGCAGCGAGAGCUGUCCAAUGUCAUGAAGAAGGACUAUGAUGACCUCGUCACGUUUGUGGUCGGCGAGCUGCGAGGGGAUGGUGGCGACGAGGUAAUAGAUAGGUGCCUGGCUUGUCUUGACCUCGCCCUGCAUGAGGAGGGUGGGGACGAGAUCGGCAGCUUUGCGUGGGUCGCGGUGAGUGUGCUGAUGCCGGAGGUGGAUGUGCUGCAGAAGGCGAGGGUUGAGACGAGGGCGGAGCAGGUGAGGGCUGAGAAGGCCGAGAGGAUGGAGAGGAUGGAGAGGAGAAGGCGGGAGGCGGAGAGGACGCUGGCGAGCUUAACAAGAGAUCUAGAGCGGGUGGUGAUCUGA